CUGGAUUUACCUUCAGAGAGAGGAGCAGCGGCAGCUCUCAGCUCUUACCACCUGUCACAGAGAGAGACAGAGAGACAGAGAGACAGACAGAGAGACAGACAGAGAGGGAGAGAGACAGAGAGCUGCUCAGGGUGUAUCAGUGUGUAUCACCGUGGGCUUGGGGCUGAAUACGAGACGUGGAUUUUAAAGGUGGUGUGGCUGGAUUGGUUAACUUUUACAGGCUGACUGGACUGUUGUUCUGCAGAGGAAUGUGCUACAGGAUCAACAUGAGAGGGACAAUAUUUGGACUAAAGAGGGAUUCUUUGCUGCGGUCAUCUUCCUCACCAUCUUCAUCAUCAUCAUCACCUGUUUGAUGGUCCUCUACCGUCGAAAGGAGAAGGUUGAAUAUUCUGACAGGCAGACCAAAGAGCAGUCCGUGUUCCCCAGCCGCGACCUUCACCUGACCCCUGUCACCGUCCCACCCCCGGUCCCGCUGCACACCGUCGGAGCCCAGACCCAGCCCCAGGUCCCCUUCUCUAGCAGCAUGGUCCAAGCGGAGCCAGCACCGCCUUCUACACCCACAUCCAUACCUCCACCCAGAGCCUGCCGUCCUCCACCCACCACCCCUGUCCCCAUCCCUGUCUCCAGCUCCAGCUGUGGUCCUCCGCAGCUCCCCCCUGCCCACCAGAAACCCUGCCUGUCAGCCAGCCCCUCUCCCUUCAGGAUGAAGCCUGCCGCGUGUCUCCAGGAGAGGAGAGGUUCCAACGUCUCCCUGGUGCUGGACAUGUCCUCCCUGGCCUCGGUGGAGCCUCUGAACUGUGGGGUGGUGACCCCCAGAGAGAGGGCCACUCAGGAGUACCUGCAGUCAGCCAGCCGGACCCUGUCCAGACAGCAGCUACGAGACGUGGUGCUUAACACACAGACGCUGCAUGCAGAGUUCGCUGAAAUCCCAAUGAACUUUGUGGAUCCAAAGGUGAUGGACAUUUCCAGUCAUGGAACCAAAAAUAGAUACAAGACAAUACUGCCAAAUCCACAUUCCAGAGUGAUCCUGAGGACCAAGAGCUCCUUCGACCCUCUCAGCAGCUAUAUCAACGCCAACUACAUUAGGGGUUACCUAGGCGAUGAGAAGGCCUACAUCGCCACCCAGGGUCCCAUGAUCAACACAGUGAAUGAUUUCUGGCAGAUGGCCUGGCAGGAAGACUGUCCUGUCAUCAUCAUGAUCACCAAGCUCAGGGAAAAGAACGAGAAAUGUGUUCUGUACUGGCCAGAGAGGCGUGGUAUCUAUGGCAAGGUGGAGGUGCUCAUUAACAACGUGACAGAGUGUGACAACUACACCUGUCGGACCCUCAACCUGAAGCAAGGGGCCCAGAGUCGUGUGGUGAAGCACUACUGGUACACAUCGUGGCCGGACCAUAAGACCCCAGACAGCGCCCAGCCCCUGCUCCAGCUGAUGAGAGACGUGGAGGAGGACAGGACGGGCUCCCCAUCGCAGGGACCCGUCAUCGUACACUGUAGCGCAGGGAUUGGCCGAACGGGCUGCUUCAUCGCCACGACGAUAGGCUGUCGUCAGUUGGAGCUGGAGGGAGUGGUAGAUGUGCUGGGGAUUGUGUGUCAGCUCAGAGCGGACAGAGGAGGUCUGAUCCAGACAGGGAGCAGUACGAGUUUGUCCACCACGCCUUGAGCCUCUUCGAGACACGCCCGCCGACACCGGCCAAUGAACAGAGGCCAGGAAGUUUUCGCUAAACAUGCCAGGUUUUUCCAGGAAGUGGAAUUUAAUUCCCCCUAGCGGGAAGGACCUAUCUUACCUGGUGACUGUGAGGUCAUGUGACUAAUGAGGAAGUGGAUGUUCGGGUGACGAUUGGAUGGUAGAUGUCCUUGUGGGCUUUGUCUUUGUGGACAUGUAUGGACAGCCUGGACUGAUUGAUUGAGUCUCCUUACAGAGAGAGAGAUGGAGGUAUGGACAGGUGAUUAUGUCUCUGAAUGUAAUGUAUCCUUUCUUCUCUUCCUCUCUUUCCUCCUCCUCUUCUUCUUCUUCUACUACUUCCUGUCAUUCGUGAGCAGCCCUGCUUCUGAAAACGUUGUUGUGAGCAACCUGCCUCUGUCCAAUCAAACUCUCUGAUACUGCAGCUCUGUCCAAUCAGAUUGCCUGAUAUUGAUUCUGUAGUAUACCUACACUCUGACCUCUUACUACUAUGUGCUACAGUAGAUGGGUAGGUAGUCUGUGGUCCUUGAAUCGUCCAUGGUGUUUCUAUUAUAAAGCAAAAGGUACGCUGUUGAAAUUAAUAGCACUUGUCUUUGUGACUUUACUAGGAUAUUUUUUUUAAUUCUGAUUAUUUAUUUAUUUUUUAAACUAUGUGCUGUUACACAAAGGGUAUUAUUCUGAAGACUGUUAUAUUCCAUUGGAGGUUGGCUUUUCUCUCAGUAACAAGCUGCCCCUCUGCCAUAUACUAUACCUCUAAUAGCAUGUUGAUCAUCCAUUCAAAGAUCAGUGUAUGAAAGGUGAGGGAACGAUUGGGCCUGUCUGCACGGUACUACACAUUCCAAGGUCUUUACACUAUGGGGAUGUGGCCAUUAUACACACUGAAUUGGAAGCAGAUAACCAACAUAAAAAGCCAGCCGACACACGGCCCUUCAGGAAUUGAGUUUGGCAGCCCCCUGCUAUAGGCCAUCCUGUAGAUCUACCCUAUUCACAGAGAACUGUCAUGGCCGCCGUGUGAUCCAAUGUUCCAUACCAAAGCUCUCUGUUAUCAGGUACCUGUAGAUCUACCUUAUUCACAGAGAACUGUCAUGGCCGCCGUGUGAUCCAAUGUUCCAUACCAAAGCUCUCUGUUAUCAGGUACCUGUAGAUCUACCUUAUUCACAGAGAACUGUCAUGGCCGCUGUGUGAUCCAAUGUUCCAUACCAAAGCUCUCUGUUAUCAGGUACCUGUAGAUCUACCUUAUUCACAGAGAACUGUCAUGGCCGCCGUGUGAUCCAAUGUUCCAUACCAAAGCUCUCUGUUAUCAGGUACCUGUAGAUCUACCUUAUUCACAGAGAACUGUCAUGGCCGCUGUGUGAUCCAAUGUUCCAUACCAAAGCUCUCUGUUAUCAGGUGGCGUGUGAUCUACCCUGGCUCUGAAACGACAUUUCAUCACUAAAUCAAUCUUAAUUACAAAACAUUUUUUAUUUUUUAUUUUCAGAAUAUCAUUUAUUUUCCAUUUCUUAGCUUAGCUGACCAUUAAAGGCCCAGUGCAGUCAAAAACAUGAUUCCCCCCGAUGUGUUUUAUAUAUAUACACAUACUAUGAUGUUGGAAUAAGGCAGUUAAUUGAAAUUGAGAUAAAAAUGGCUGCGUUGGCCUUUAAGCAUCACAGAUAUGACAUCUUUCUUUACCAAAAUGUAAACGUUUGCGUUUAAAUGACAUGUUAUGUUUAAUUGUUGAUCAUAUAGAUUAAAUUAUAGUAAUAAUAAUGCUUUUAGUUUUAUACAAUAUUAAGAUAAUGUUUUGAUGUGUAACAGUAAACUCAUGAUGGUUUGGUACUUUUAGA